GGCGAAAGAGUACAGUUACAAGUUGAAAGUUGACCGUUGCGGACGGAAGUUCUUAUUAGGAUCUGUGUUAUAUAGUUUUUGCUGAACGUUAGCAAAAAACAAAAAAAAAUAAGAAUACAAAAAAAGAAAGAAAAAUCGAGUUUUAAACGCGAGUUUUCCCCCCAAAUAAUUCCAAUUACACAUACCAACAAACAACAUCAAAUCUCGCCCCAGUAGCGCGCGGAUUAACAAAUUUAGUUACUCUUUCCAACAACAACAACCACAAAAAACCUAACAAAAAUGGCCGAUCAGCUGACAGAGGAACAAAUCGCCGAAUUCAAAGAGGCAUUCUCGCUAUUCGACAAAGACGGCGAUGGCACCAUCACAACAAAGGAAUUGGGAACAGUCAUGCGCUCCCUGGGACAGAACCCCACAGAGGCUGAGCUGCAGGACAUGAUAAACGAGGUCGAUGCCGACGGCAACGGUACAAUUGACUUCCCAGAAUUCCUUACAAUGAUGGCACGCAAAAUGAAGGACACCGAUAGCGAAGAAGAGAUCCGAGAAGCCUUCAGAGUUUUCGAUAAGGAUGGCAACGGCUUCAUCUCAGCGGCCGAAUUGCGUCAUGUGAUGACAAAUUUGGGCGAGAAAUUAACAGACGAGGAGGUCGAUGAGAUGAUCCGUGAGGCUGAUAUCGAUGGUGAUGGUCAGGUCAAUUACGAAGAAUUCGUGACUAUGAUGACAUCGAAGUGAAGCGUUAAAUUAUUUCUUUUUAAGCCUUUCUAUUUUUUUAAGAUGUUGACGAAGACUGUAGCUGUGCGCAACAAGAUCGCGCCACGCUGUUGCUAUGGACCCCAGUAAAAGAUCUUAAAAAAUUAUAAAACAACAACAAAAAUACCAACAACAAAGAGUUAAGCAAAAAAACAACAACAACAAAAACCAUUUAAGAAACUUUGAAACAUAAAAAAAAAAAUGAAAACUUACACUUAAUGAAAAACAAAAAAAAAAAACACAAGAAAAAACACAUAAUAGAAGAAGAGAAGAACGAAAGAAUGAAAAGCAAAGGGAAAAUUUAAACAAAAGCAAAAAAAAGAAAAACCCAGAAAAAAUUACAUUAUACAAAACAGACAGCAACAACAACAACAACAACAGCAGCAAAAUGAAAGAUUGAAAAAACAUAAUUUUUAAUGCAACAACAACAACAACAACAAGAAACAGCAUACUUAACGAAGUCACCGUUUAAACAACCAAACAACAACAACAAAUUUACUACUACUACUACACUUAACUACAGGCAAAUCCACUACAAGAUGAUGGGAAAACGAUGAAGAAGAAGAACAACCGUAACAGUAACAGUUAUCUUAUAAGUAGCCGUGCGGCGGACUGUGGAGCCACGCCCCAAAAAUGCAAAAAACCCAUUCGCCCUGAUACAAACACACACACAUAUGUAGACAGUGGACAAUUGGUGGCGCCAUCUUGCGGUUGUUAGCAUUUCUAUGGGUGCGUUGUGCGUCUGCGUUCCGCUUUUUCAAUUGUUAGGCGAAAGAAACAAAAAUUAUAAAUGAAAUAACUCUGUAAGCUAAAUUG